AUGCGUGCUGAAGCUGGACAACGACGGAAUGUUGCGAAUCGACGACGGAAUGAUUCUAUGAACAGCACGCAAAGUGAAUAUGUACCGCAGUAUUACUCAUUUGAAUCCAUUGGAUCUUUUGACUGGAGUCAGGAAGUAGAAUCAGAAUACAACGCUAAGCACGGAGAUGAACAUGAGGAAAACAAUGAUUGGGAACAAGACAAAUCAGAGAAUCGUAACAUCCAUAACAACUCUCCUGCGAAUGAUUAUUCCCAUGGCGACUAUUCUCAUCCCCGACCGAGACGUGGUCUAUUGAGGCUACCUCUUGGACUGAGAUCUGAUAGGGACAGGGAUGGACAUGACAGCGAUCAUUCCUCGUCGAUACCUGGCAGUAUAGUUGAAGAAGACUAUGAAGCUGAUGAUAUCUCCAGUGGAGAUGUUACACCAACAGAAGAUAGUGGAGAUGAAAGGCAUUGGACAAGGCAGAGUGGGUUCAUGUAUUUGGCGUAUUUUUGCGGUUACAGUUUUUAUCGAUUUUUUGCACAUUUUGCUCGUUGGGAAAGUUCUUUGUUUUUGUCACUUUGCUCUGAGUCACUAAACAGUUUUUUAAUCAUAAACUGGGUCGCACAGAGUAUUGUUGUUGUCGUCGAGUCAUUUACAACCUGAUA